AUGAGAAGGAGGAGCAGAGAUGCCACUGCUUGCUUGGUCACUGUCUCUUUGCCUGUCAAGCAAACUAAUAGUAGCAGAUAUGGGAAAGAUGCAGAGGAAAUAGCAGCUGGUGACCAUGGUGCUGCAAAGACGGAUGGUCUGAGCCGCCUUCUGGAAGCAGGGACUGAAGUGAAUGUAGCUCCCGAUGUCUUUGUCCAGUCCCCAGCUCAUCUGGCUGCUCGUGGAGGACAUGCUUUCUUUCUACUUUGGCAACUGCAGACAGGAGCCAAUUUGAACCAACAGGAUUGGCUUGGGGAAGCUCCAAUUCACAAGGCAGCUAAAGUUGGGAGUUUGGAGUGUCUUACCUUACUUGUCGCCAGUCAUGCCAGCAUUGACUUGCGCAAUAAGAAUGGUCAAACAGCAGAAGACCUCGCAUCGGCUUUUGGAUUUUUGGAGUGUGCCCAGUUCCUCAUGUCAGUGAAACACAUGCGAACCAGAAAAACAGUAACACAGAUUAAUUAUUCCCUGCAUGACAAUGAUGAUUGCAUGCUUGGAGAUGCAGCAAGAAGACAGAAACGAGCAUGUGAAAGCAAGAGACCCAUAAGCAAGAAGAGAGUGAGAUCAAAUGAUACGAAGUCUUUGAUGCCAUGGGAAAACCAAUCCCCAUAAGAAGAAAUAUAUAAA